GUAGCAUAUAUGAGUUACUACCUAGCGGCGUUUCUUGAUGUUCUUCUCGACCUCGGCGUACUCCUGGAAGAGGCGCUUGCGGCGCUUCUCGGGGACGGGGAACUUGGGCCCGUAGGACGUGUAGUGGCCCGCGAGCACGUUGAUCGCCGUGUAGAGCGUCGAGAAGGACUGCUUGCCGCUCACGUUCGUGAAGCGGCGGUAGAACGACACGAAGUCGAUCAUCUCCUUCUUGCAGUUCAGCGCGAUCAUCUCCAUGUUCGGCGCGCCCUUCUCCAGGGACGUGGCCAGGCGCAUGUGCGCGACGACCUUGGCCGCGUCCGUGUAGUAGUCGGACGUGAUGCCCCAGUCCUUGGGGAACUCGACGGGCGCCGGGGCUUCCGCCUCGGCGGGCGGCGCGGCCGGCGCGUCGUCCGCGAAGGCGGGCAGCGCGACGGCGGCGGCGAAGGCGCCGAGCGUCGCCGCGACGUCGCGCCGCGCGAUUACAGACUGUGCUGGUUUCACAGGGCUGGGUGCAAGCGCAGCCGCGGUGGCAAGAGUGGCAACGAUUAACCUAGUCAUGGUUAGCAAGAUAUACUGUGACUACUGCAGUACGUCAAGCUUGCGCGUGGGCCCAGUGGUAGGAGGCAGAGCACCACCGCGAUGAGCUCCAGCUCGAUUGUUG